CAUCCUGUGCUGCAGAGCUGAGCUCUCCGAAAUAAUCCAAAUCCAUGUAUGCAAUGGAGGCAAUAUAUGCCAAUGAUGAAUGCAUUAAACCUGACAACCCAACACCUUCAACAAAUUACACAGGUCAGAGGAGCUCUAAGAGAAGUUUCUAUCUGGGUGUUAUUCUCUCCCUGAGCCUGCUCACUGUUUUCCUGCUGGUUGGACUUAUCACACUUAGUUUCUUCUACCACAAUUUAGUUGAACAUGUGUCAGCAGAGGCUGAGAAAAGAGACCUUCUGAAUAAAAACAUCUCUGCUGUCAGUAACCAACUUUCUUCCAUGACUAAGGAGCGAGAUCUGCUGAGUAAAAAGACUGAAGAGCUUAAAACGAAUAAACAAUGUCCUGCAGGAUGGAGUAGUUUCAGCUGUAGCUGCUAUCUCCUCUCUGGAAGCUCUGCUUCCUGGGAUGCAGCCAGAAAGGACUGCAGAGUCAGAGGAGCAGAUCUGGUGGUUAUUGACUGCACUAAAGAACAGGAGUACCUUAGUAAGCUCACCAAAGGAGAGACUUGGAUUGGUUUAAAUGAUGAAGAAGAAGAGGGAACAUGGAAAUGGGUAGACGGAACUCCUCUUAAUCUGAAGUACUGGGCACAUGGCCAACCUAAUAAUGGCGGUGGAAACCCAAAGUGGGGUGAAGAGGACUGUGCUCAUAUCUGGACAGAUGGAAAAGCUUUGUGGAAUGAUCGUUCAUGCAGGGAUUCUCUGCCGUGGGUCUGUGAAAAAAUACCAUAAUACCCACUCCUGAUCCUUUAUUCUUUAUUAUUUUAUUUUUGUUUUAUUCCUCUCUGAAUACCUAUUUAGCUAAAGCAUUGCAGUGCUGAGUUGUAGCUUAGCUAUAUACUGUUCACUUUUAUAAACAGAUUUACUUCCUGUUGUAAAAAAGGAAAACAUAAUUUAGCACAUGAACUGAGGUCCAACUGCUGACUGCCUUUUCUGAUAUAUCAGUUAAUUUUACAUUUUAAGAGAACCAGUGGACAAAGCAGAACUACAGCAGAUUCUCUGGCUCACCACAUAUUAGUCAUAUGUUUAUGGAUAAUCAGAAGUUGUCACAAUAUGUUAGUAGUUAUACUGAUGUCAGGACAUUGCUCUCAGUCAGUGUACUACAGUCGUGGCCAAAAGUUUUGAGAAUGACACAAACGUUAGCAAAAGUUUGCUUCUUCAUUGUUUUUAGAUCUCUGUGUCUCUGAAAUAUAGCACUUCAUAAGUUUCAAAGGCUUUUAUUGACAAUUACAUCACUUCUUUUUCACCUCUGCAAUUCGCCCUGGCAUGCUGUCCAUCAACUUCUGGCUGAUGGUAACCCAUUUCUUCAUAAUCAAUGCUUGGAGUUUGUCAGAAACAGUGGGUUUUUGUUUGCCCGCCUGCCUCUUGAGGAUUGACCACAGGUUCUCAUUUGCAUUCAGGUCUGGAGAGUUUCCUGGCCAUGGACCCCAAGCCACUUAGUUAUCCCUUUGGCCUUAGGGCACGGUGCUCCAUCAUGCUGGAAAAGACAUUGUUCUUCAUCAAACUGUUCUUGGAUGGUUGGAAGAAGUUGCUGUCAGAGGAUGUUUUGGUACCAUUCUUUAUUCAUGGCUGUGUUCUUUGGCAAAAUUGUGAGAGAGCCCACUCGCUUGCUUAAGAAGCAGUUCCAUACAUGAAUGCUGUCAGGAUCCUUUACUGUUGGCGUGAGACAGAACUGAUGGUAGCACCCAUCUUUUCUUCUCUGGACAAUCCUUUUUCCAGAUGCCCCAAACAAUCGGAAAGGGGCUUUAUUAGAGACUUUACCCCAGUCCUCAGCAGUCCACUCGCUGUACUUUUUGCAGAAUAUCAGUCUAUCCCUGAUGGGGUUUGUUUUGGAGAGAAAUGGCUUCUUUGCUGCCCUUCUUGACACCAGGCCAUCUUCCAAAAGUCUUCACCUCACUCUGUGUGCAGAUGCACUCACAUCUGCCUACUGCCAUUCCUAAGCAAGCUCUGCACUCAUGACACCCCGAACCCGCAGCUGAAUCAUCUUUAGGAGACUGGAGUUUCUUGGGCACCCUGAAGCCUUCUUCACAACAAUUGAAUCUUUUUCCUUGAAGUUCUUGAUGAACCGAUAAAUGGUUAAUUUAGGUGCAAUCUUAGUACAAACAACAUCCUUGACUGUGACACCCUUUUUAUGCAACGCAAUGAUGGCUGCACGUGUUUCUUUGCAGGUAACCAUGUUUAACAGAAAGAACAAUGAUUUCAAGCAUCACCCUCCUUUGAACACAUCCAGUCUGCUAUAUUAUAACUCAAUCAGCAUGACAUAAUGAUCCCCAGCCUUGUACUCGUCAAUAUUCUCAACUGAGUUAACAAGAAGAUUAUUGAAAUGAUCUCAACAGGUCCUUUUAUGGCAGCAAUGAAAUGCAGCGGAAAUGUGUUUUUUUUUUAGAUUAAGUUCAUUUUCAUGGCAAAGAAGGACUUUUCAAUUCAUCUGAUCACUCUUCUAAACAUUUUGCAUUAUAAGCAAAUUGCUACCAUAAAAACAAAAGCAGCAAACUUUGUGAAAACCAAUAUUUGUGUCAUUCUCAAAAUUUUUUGCUACAACUGUACCAUGUGACUUACUGCAAUACAGGGCUAUUGCAUUUUUGUGUUGUGUGGGUUUUUUUCUGUUGUUUUUUCUGGCUUGUUGUUGCAAGCAGUAAA